AUGUCCGGGCGCGGGAAGCAGGGCGGGAAGGCGCGCGCCAAGGCCAAGUCGCGCUCGUCGCGGGCCGGGCUGCAGUUCCCCGUGGGCCGCGUGCACCGGCUGCUGCGCAAGGGCAACUACGCGGAGCGCGUGGGCGCCGGCGCCCCGGUGUACCUGGCGGCCGUGCUGGAGUACCUGACGGCCGAGAUCCUGGAGCUGGCGGGCAACGCGGCCCGCGACAACAAGAAGACGCGCAUCAUCCCCCGCCACCUGCAGCUCGCCAUCCGCAACGACGAGGAGCUCAACAAGCUGCUGGGCAAGGUGACGAUCGCGCAGGGCGGCGUGCUGCCCAACAUCCAGGCCGUGCUGCUGCCCAAGAAGACUGACAGCCACAAGGCUAAAGCCAAGUGAGCGCCGAAGAACAACUGCUGUUUACCACGAGAAACCCAAAGGCUCUUUUCAGAGCCACCCACUUUCUCUAUAAAGAGCUAAGUUGCUUUACGUUUUAAAAAUAUUGGCAAAUACAACGGUGUAUUUAUUAACCGCCCCUCCCUUGACCGACCGUUUACUGUCAAUGCUACCAAUAGGUAG